CUUUUUGUUGGAUUGCUGUCUGAUGGCGUUGCCUGCGUGAGGUCCAACUCAAAAUUCCACAAGAUGAUUUUGAUGUUAUCUUUAAUUCUUCUGGUAAAUGUGGUGAUCAGAGCUGAAAUACUACCACUAUGGUCUAGCUCUCUGCUAGAUGGAAUAAGUGAUGAAACAGUUCCUCUCAAGUACCUUGGCCCUACCCCGCGGCUCUUGUCUAAUUGUGAAGAGACUGCUCAGAUGUUUCUCUUUGAGUAUGCUUAUCUAUCCCAGAAUGCAUUUGUGACACCAAUGGCUCCAAUGAGAAUCCCUGCUAAUCUGCUUCAUGUUGAUGAUCCUUUUGUCCAAAGUGCUGUAAUACGAUCAGAGAGUAUAGCCCUUCUCAUCAAUGGAACAGUCUUCAUAUACACUCUUCAAACUGGAGAAUAUCAAGAAGUAAUUAUACCAGCUGAUUACAGAGUGGCAUCACUGGAAUUCUCGCAGUACUGCUGCCAACACACUUGGUGUGAGGAUUGGAGUGAUGCUGUGUUUGCCAUAGGGAAACGGACUGUACCAGAUGAUGGCUUGAUCAACAUAUUUGUCAUAGAAAGAGGAAAACCUGAACCCGUAGGAACACCACUACCACAUGAUCUACAGGAUCAUGAACUGUUGGCUGCUGUUCCUCUCUUACCUUGGCAUUCUGUGGCUCUUCUUUUAAUGACUCAAAACCAGGAAGACCAUACUCAAGAAGCUAUAUUUUACUACUUACAUGUACCAUUUGAAGGUAGAAACCCAGAGAGAGAGGAAGAUCAUACUGAGCAGUCAAUGAAGGCUAUAGUUUACUCUCACCAUGGCGACAUCCUCAAUAUUGUCCAUCUCAAAAACAAGUUUGGGGAGUUCUUGAUGUGGGGCCCUAAAGAACUAUUCAUCUCAAAGACUGGAGGUCAGUCUGUGUUUAGAGCCAGUGAAUAUCUAAUGGAACAUCUUGAAGAUGACCAUGGUGAAUAUAUCCAAGAACUUAUUCCAGGUGCCAAUGGAGAUUUUGCUUUCUUGACAUCAGAAGGAAGACUGUUCUAUGGGCGUAGUAAUCUAGAGACACAUUUGGUAGAGCUCCAUGCCGAUGACUUGGUCAGCCCUAAUUCUGCUAUCAGCUUUGACAAACAGAGCAAUAUCUUCAUCAUGAAUGCACAGCAUUACGAUAUGGAUUCCCAUGGUGCAUCAACAGACAGCUUGGUUUAUUUGACUUCAGAGCUCAUCUAUCCAUCAGAGGUCCUAGAAGAACAGGACCAUGACCUACCCAGUUGUCCAUUUCUGCUAUUUACUGCUGAUUUUGGAACUGAAUUAUUUUACAUUGAUAUUGGAGACAGUCUGACGUUACGAGCAUCAUACAUACCAAGUCUGUGGCAGAAUAGUAACAUUAUGAUCUAUGCAUCUAAUCCUAGCAUCAUUACUGCAAACACCAGCCUGACGGCAGCAGAUCCUAUCGGCAGUGGACUAAAAAAGAUUGAAGUAGUAAGUACAUGUAGUUAUAGCCUAGCAAGUUAG